CCUGACGUCAUCAGCGCGCGCCGCACCCGGAAGAGACGUGGCAGCCGAGGGAUAAUCGGAGCGUUGUGAGCUGAAGAGAGCUGGGCGAGAGCUUGGCUGAACGCGGUCUGACCUUCCGCGCUUCGGACCGGCGCUCGCGCCCGUGAGGACCGGUGCCGCAGCCGAUUAGUAACACAGAGAGUGGGGGUCGACUAUGGGACUUUGCAAGUGCCCCAAGAGGAAGGUGACCAACCUAUUCUGCUUCGAACACCGGGUCAACGUCUGCGAGCACUGCCUGGUAGCCAAUCACGCCAAGUGCAUCGUCCAGUCCUACCUGCAGUGGCUCCAAGAUAGCGAUUACAACCCCAAUUGCCGCCUGUGUAACAUACCCCUGGCUGCUCGGGAGACAACCCGCCUCAUCUGUUAUGAUCUCUUCCACUGGGCCUGCCUCAAUGAGCGUGCUGCCCAGCUCCCCCGAAACACAGCACCUGCUGGCUACCAGUGCCCCAGCUGCAGUGGCCCCAUCUUCCCUCCAACCAACCUGGCUGGCCCUGUGGCCUCUGCGCUGAGAGAGAAGCUGGCCACGGUCAACUGGGCCCGGGCAGGACUGGGUCUUCCCCUGAUUGACGAGCUGGUGAGCCCAGAGCCUGAACCCCUCAACACGUCUGAGUUCUCUGACUGGUCCAGCUUUAAUGCCAGCGGUAGCCCCGAACAGGAGGAGACAGCCAGCACUUCUGCUGCCCCAGCCUUCUACAGCCAAGUCCCCCGGCCCCCUGCUUCCCCGAGCCGGCCUGAACAGCACACGGUGAUCCACAUGGGCAAUCCCGAGCCUCUGACUCACGCCUCAGCCCCAAGGAAGGUGUAUGACACGCGGGAUGAUGAGCGGGCACCAGGCCUCCACCGGGAUUGUGACGAUGACAAGUACCGGCGCCGGCCAGCCCUGGGGUGGCUGGCCCAGCUGCUCAGAUGUUCUUCCAACAUAUGAUGCCGACCAGCUCUCCCGUCUGCCACCUUCCCACGCUUAGCAUCUUCACACCCAUAGCCUCUACUCUGCCAGGAGUCCCAGGAGAAAGCUGGGAUUGGUGGCACAAAGCCUAUUUUACACACAGACCUGGGGCACAGAGAGGGAUUGUCUGCUCAAGUUUUCACAGACAGUAAGGGACUUGGUACUGAGACUAAGAUCCAGUUCUACCCAAGGCUGUGGAAUGGGCAAGAACAGAAGCCAAGAAAAGAAAAUUGUGAGACCUCCAGGACUGUCAACAAAAUAAGGCCGAAAACUGGCCCAAGAUGGUGUGGAGGGACGUGCAAUCUCCCAGGAACUAAAGUAGAAAAAGUUGAUUUUGAACUUGGCCAGCCCCAUUUCCUCCUGCCUGACUGCCCCAGAAGUCCGGUUCCAGGCCUGGCCAAGAUCUGAAAUCUCCUGCCUUUGGAAGGAGUAAGGUUAGAACCUGACCCCAUCAACCAUGGUUGCUGCCCAGUGUCAUUAAUCACAAAACCCUCAGGCCUCAUCUUAACACAUUGAAGGGGUGAUGCCUGUUCCCCCGCUGUGUUCACACUGUUGAAAUACUUGUUCACACUUUAGUUUUCAUUUGAAUACAGAUGAACUUUUUUUUUUUUUGGUUAGGUCUCCUACCUCAAUGCCAUUUUAAAAAGUUAUCCAAGUAGAGUAUGUUCUUGAGGAAGAUUUGCAUGAUACACAAGCAUACAGAGGAAUCUUCCUCCACACCCCUCCCCCCACAGAAGUAACCCCUUCAACAGUUUGGUGAGUGGGCAUCUUUGGAGUCCCUUGAUGUAACUUCAUACACCUGCAUGUAUGUAUCUACAUGCAUAAUUUUAAAAAAUCAUGCCACACAUAUUGUUAAAAUAUAAUUUUUUAAAAGUUAACAUGGGACUUCCCUGGUGGUCCAGUGACUAAGACUCCGUAUUCCCAAUGCAGGUGGCCUGGGUUCAGUCCCUGGUCAGGGAACUAGAUCCUACAUGCCACAGCUAAUACCAGGCACAACCAAAUAAAUAUUUUAAAAGUUAAAAAUAUACUUGAAUAAACACAACUAAGAUAUAUUAACUCUUCAGUGAAGGGGUUUCCGCCUCACUCAUGUGUAAUGCAUCAUGAAGAGCUAGGUAUUGAUAGGCAUUUAAAGAAGAGUGUUAGGACAUGAUUACUAGAUAUAAGAUUGGUUGAUGUCCUACAGGGCAAUAAAAAAUUUGAGGUUAUUUUUCCACUGGAUAUUUCCACUGGAGAUGUUUCACAUCUCUCCAACACUAUCUAAAUAGCAAGAUUAAAAACAAAUGUACACUUCUAUGGGUAAUUAAGGAAAUGGCAACCCACUCCAGUAUUCUUGCCUGGAAAAUCCGAUGGAUGGUGGAAACUGGUAGGCUACAGUCCAUGGGGUCACAAAGAGUCAGACACAACUGAGCAACUUCAUAUGGGUAAUUAAAUAGUCCUUGGGUGGGCUUGUGAAACAAUGCCCCAGUAUGAUAUUGGAAGGUCAUGCUACACUGUCUUUAUUCCAACUGUUGGAUAAUUUUUCAUAACAGUAUUCUGUGAUUUUUUAAGUUUAUAGAUUUCCUGGAGUAGAUCUAAAUCUUUAUACUUUUGUCUUCAUUUUUCUUAAGAUUAUAGCUUCUUAAGCUGAAAUCGUCAUAUAUAUAUAUAUAUAUUUAGACAGUCUCUGAAUAUCCCAUAGAUUUAGGGGUCAACAAACUUUCUGUGAAAAACAAGAUAUUAAAUGGUUUAGGUUU